UGCGCGCAGAUGCGCGCACAUUCGAAGGCGCAAAACCUAACAAAUAUGGGAUUGAGGAAGUGAAAUCUUACAGAAAUCUUACAGAAUGAGGUCGGUGUCUGUGUGCUGUCAGUGCUCCUGGUUCGUUUCUGAUGGCGUUGGAAUCGGCUGUGCUGUAUUCACGUAUUUCCUCGUGGUGUACGCCGAGUUUGUUGUCGUUUUCGUCAUGUUGCUUCCCGAAAUCCCACUCGCUGGCGUUGGCCUUUUGCACUCCAUUUUAUUCACGUAUUUAGCUAUAUUAGCGGUUGUGGCACAUGUCAGAGCAAUGCUCACAGACCCGGGUACUAUACCACUUGGUAACUGCACAACAGAGAAUUUAAAGAAGCUAAGAUUAGCAGAAGGACAAACUGUCCUGAGAUGCACACGAUGUGAAUGUAUUAAAUUAGACAGAGCACACCAUUGCAGCACAUGUCAGAGGUGUAUAAGGAGAAUGGAUCAUCACUGUCCAUGGAUCAAUAAUUGUGUUGGAGAAGACAACCAAAAAUUCUUCAUUUUAUUUACAUUAUACAUUUUUAUAAUAUCUUUAUAUGCACUGUUACUGGCCGUGCGGCAGGUCUUAAUAUGUACAGACCGAGAUUGGAUAGGUUGUACUGGAGUUCCAAUGCCAUCAUCUAUACUUUUUAUCAUAUUCCUAGUAUUUGAAGGUCUGCUUUUUGGUAUCUUUACCUUAGUGAUGUUUUGUUCACAAGUGACAUCAAUUGCACGAGAUGAAACAGGUAUAGAGAGUCUUAAGAAUGAAAAAAGAGCAAGAAAACAAACAAUGUAUGAAAAUCUCCAAGAAGUAUUUGGGGGCAACUUCUCCAUAUCGUGGUUUUCACCAUUUUCUGGCCUCUCAAGCAAAAGGACAGCUUUCUCUUUCUAUGAUGUSUAGUGUUUGUUGAUAAUAUAUACCAUAUAAACCACACAACCCCCACAGGACAAGCUACUCUUUCUGUGACGUCUAUUGUUUGUGGCAAUAUAUACAGUACUAUAUCUAAAUCACCACAGCACUUGACAAAAGUCCGUAAAAUGUCCAGGACGUGCAUUUGAGUAUUAUAUUCUGUAUUUAAGUUCUCUAACAGCUAUUAAGUUGCUGUCACGUAUUUUAAACUCAAUUUCCACAAUAAUAUGUGCAAUAUUUUUAUUUUUAUUUGGUCGUUGCACAUGUAUGUAUCCACAUAAAGUCUCAAAAAUAUGUUUUCUAUUGUUUUUUUUUUACCUUUUUCAUAAUGAUCACUGUAAAAAAACAUUAAUUAUUAAGAAAUAAAUUCCAGCUUAGUAUUUCUUUAAAAUGUCCUUAUAUUAUAUCUAUCUUUUAGCUAUAAUUUUGGCAAAAGAGAGAAAUCAGUGUACAUGUAGUUAUAAACUUCUAAAUUCUAAAAAAUGUCAAAUAUAUAUUUAAAUAGCACAGUAAAUUAAAUUUCUUAAAGUCUACUAGAUAUUUGUCAAUGAAUGUAAUAGUUAAUUAAGUAUCAGGCCUUCUCUCCCAGUGAGCCUGAUGCGCACGGUACCCAUGGUUACUCAGAGGAUGGUUACCAAUAGGUAUUGUAGAUGGAUAUUUUAGAGCAAGGAAAACAACUGGUAUAUUAACCUCACUAGCAACUCCACAAAGUAUGAAACCACUCUAUAGAUCAAUAAUUAAUGAAUCAAAAUAAAUCAAUAUUUCUGCAAA